AUGUCCCAGAUUACGACUCCGGAUUCACCAAAGUCAGAGACAUACACACCUGCUUCGUCACAGCCUAUCGAGUCACAAGAUGGCCACGACCAAAGAAACACGGUAUACUAUACACCGCAGCAGGAAGCGCGUGUUGUCCGCAAACUAGAUCUCAACCUUAUGACCCUGUUCUUUUUCUUGUACAUGCUGGCCUUUCUUGAUAGGUCAAACAUCGGAAAUGCAAAGAUUGCGGGCAUGCAGAAGGAACUCAAAAUUGAUAGUGACGACUACCAGUGGUUGCUCAACAUCUUCUACAUCGCCUACGUCGUUGCCGAGUUUGCAGUGAUAUUGUGGAAGUUGUUCCCUCCACACUUGGUCGGUGCAGUCGUGGUCUUUGGCUGGGGGCUUGUAGCCACCGCCCAGGCCGGCACUCAUUCAUGGAGUGCUAUGAUGGCCUUGAGAUUUCUUCUGGGGGCCUUUGAAGCGGCUUACGCGCCCGGUAUCAUUUAUCUCUUGUCCUUUUUCUACCUGCGUCAUGAAGUCGGAUUUAGAUGCGGCAUCUUCGCCUCGGCAGCUCCGCUGGCAUCUACUUUCGCCGGUGCUCUGGCCUUCGGGAUCACCAGCGGCCAUGCACAGCUCGCCAACUGGCGGCUGCUGUUCCUCGUGGAAGGCCUUCCGACCGUCGUGAUGGCGGCCGUGGCCUUCUUCUUCAUCCCGGACUCGCCAGAAAAGGUUAGGUUCCUGACAACCGACGAAAAGGAUAUUACACGGUCAAGAGCAGUACGGCAGGUCGGCACAAACCCAGACUCGAGGGUCGGGGAGUUUAACAUCAAGGACAUCGGGCCUGCCCUCAUCGACGUCAAGGUCUGGCUAUGCGGUCUGAUGUAUUUCUGCGGCAAUGUCUCCUACUCAAGCCUGCCAGUCUUCUUGCCGACCAUUCUCGAGGACAUGGGUUAUACUGCGAUCAAUGCACAAGGUCUUUCCACUCCCCCUUCCUUUGCAGCCUUCUUAUUCGCCCUCAUCACAACUUGGGUCGCAGACAAGACUCAGCAGCGCUGCUUUGUUGUCUUCUGCACCUCUGUGGUAGGAGGAAUCGGCUACAUCAUUCUCGCUACCGUAGAUACCGUCGGGGUUCGCUAUUUUGCUACCUUUCUAGCCUCAGCAGGAGUCUUCUCAACCAUUCCCAACAUCCUUCCGCUAACGCUCAACAACCAGGGCAGCGACAGCCGCCGCGGAAUGUCCAUCGUGAUGAUCAACCUCAUCGGCCAGUGUGGGCCCUUCCUGGGCACGACCAGGUUUCCCUCCAGCCAGGCACCGAGAUACGUCAAGGGUAUGAGCAUCUGCGCAGCAUUCAUGUUCUUCUCGGCCCUGCUGGCUCUGGCACAGCGUCUUCUGCUGGCGUGGGAGAACAAGAGGCUCGACCGAAAGUAUGGAUCCGUUGCGGGAAACAGCGUAAAAGCAGCAGAGGGUGUUAUGGUGGAGAACUAUGGGCCGAAUUUUCGAUAUGUACUCUGA